UGCACUCGAGGCGGAGCCGGGCCUCCAGGGCCGCCUCCUGGCGGCGCAGUCCAAGAGGGAGAUCCUUGGGGCUGCUCCUCACCACCUCCCCUUCCCCGGGCGGCCUCACGGUGGCCGCGUCCGGGAAACAAGUUUUAACCUUGAACUUUCUUCUGUAUCAUCAGUUUUAUGGAAGACACUUAAGCUUAUAAGGGUGGUUUCUGGACCAGAAUUGCUGGGCAAUGGCAAUCAUCACUCCUAAGUUACCUUCUUAGAUUGGAAAAGUCUGAUUGGAAACUUCUCCACUCCAGCUGAAGCGGAGAUACGAGCUGCUCACAAAAUAAGAGACAUGGGCUGUAAGCCACCGUACCACCUUUCCUAUAGAUUACGAUUAUUGUUGCUCUUUACCCUGUGCCUGACUGUGGUUGGAUGGGCCACCAGCAACUACUUUGUGGGUCCUAUUCAAGUGAUCCCCAAGGCAAAGAUCUUCAUGGCUAAUUUCCACAAGAUGCUACCUCUGGGGAAGGAAGAAACUCUGGCCCAUGAUGUAACCAUGAAAAAAGCAGAACUUGAUGACUGCCCUUUUGUGUCUCCAAACCUCAGAGGCCAGAGCAAGCUCAUUUUUAAGCCAGACCUCACUUUGGAGGAAGUCCAGGCAAAAAACCCCAAAGUGUCCGGAGGCCGGUCGCCCGAGGAAUGCAAGGCUCUGCAGCGGGUUGCCAUCCUCAUCCCCCAUCGGAACAGAGAGAAGCACCUGAUAUACCUGCUGGAACACCUGCACCCCUUCCUGCAGAGGCAGCAGCUGGACUACGGCAUCUAUAUCAUCCACCAGACUGGAAGUAAAAAGUUUAAUCGAGCCAAGCUCCUGAACGUGGGCUAUCUGGAAGCUCUCAAAGAGGAAAAAUGGGACUGCUUCGUAUUCCACGAUGUGGACCUGGUGCCCGAGAACGACUUCAACCUUUACACCUGCGGUGAUCAGCCCAAGCACCUGGUGGUCGGCAGGAACAGCACUGGCUACAGGUUACGCUACAGUAAAUAUUUUGGGGGUGUUACUGCCCUCAGCAGAGAACAGUUUUUCAAGGUGAAUGGAUUCUCUAACAACUACUGGGGAUGGGGAGGCGAAGACGAUGACCUCAGACUCAGGGUUGAGCUCCAUAAAAUGAAAAUCUCCCGGCCCAGCCCUGAAGUGGGUAAAUACACUAUGAUCUUCCACACCAGAGACAAAGGGAACGAGGUGAACGUGGACCGGAUGAAGCUGUUACACCAGAUGUCACGAGUCUGGAAAACAGAUGGUUUAUCGAGUUGUUCUUACAGAUUACUCUCUCUGGAGCACAAUCCUUUAUAUAUCAACAUCACAGUGGAUUUCUGGACUGGGGCAUGACCUGGAUCUUUGGAUGGUGUUCAGGAGAACUGAUGAUUUGAUUGUAAUCAUUUUGGCCUAGAGACUUCCACAGUGGUACACGUUAAGAACUUGUUCCAGCUGAUUACUGGGCCAAAUUUUUCUGUUUCAUGUUUUUUUUCAGCAGGAGCUCUUGGUUAUGUGGAAUGUAGAACCAUCAUAACAGGACGGCUUUCUUAGCUGUUUUGAUCAUGGGAGUGAAAUGUCGUAACGAACAUACUUGAAGGACUAAAGAUAAAAGGUUGCAGUGAAGGGAACUUGAGAACUGUGUCUUCAAAAGAUUGACUUCAGCAAUGCAUUAUGAGAUUAAGGAGUGGGGGAAUCAAAUUCCCACAUGUCUUAGAGAACCAGCAUCGACAGGUCUAAGAUAGGAAGGUACUAAGAUGUGUCUCUGUGACUCAUCUCUCCUGCAUGGUCCCCUGUGAGGUGAUGGAAUCUGAAUGAGAAGAAAGUCACAGAAGACAGGAGCAAAGUCAAGAAUCAGAUGUCGCAAACUUGACCAUGAAGAGGUGGCGGCGGCGGCGGCAGGCAGAGGGUGGAGUGAACUGGCAGCAGUGGCUGUGCUGGCUGCUGCCCCCAAUCCUCCAUGGUGGAUGCUUCCUCACCAGACACACCUUCCAGUCUGCGGCCACCCGACCUUGAAUGUACCCAGUCUCUUCAGAGGCACUCACUAGUAAUAGCCUAUCAGAGAACACACUCUCUCCUAGUUUUUAAAGCAUUUUUAUAAAAUGAUUUUGUACGUGUAGGAUAUGAAUGAGCAGAUUAUAAGCUACAUAAUGAUCAAUAAUACAUCUAUAGAGUACCUCUGUAGUAAAAUAUGAAAAAGCUUCUGGCUCUUGGUCUUGUUUUUUACUGUUCAUUUAGGCCAGAGGUUUAUUCAUUUCAGCCCUUCUCAUUGUAAAUGUCUUAAAAAUCCAACAGUGGACUGGAGAGAUGUCUCAGCAUUCAGGAGUAUGUGAUGCUCCUGCAGAGGACUUGGAUUUAGUUCCCAGAACUCCCUUGAGGGGGGUAGCUUAUAGCUGCCAGCUUCAGGGGAUCCUAUGCCUCCGGCCCCCACAGCCAACUGCCUCAUGUCACGUCUCAGUCUUCUUCCCUGGCCUCUCUGAAUUCUUACUGUUUUUAUUCCUCUGUGUGUCCUUUCCAUAGUCUGAAGUGGGAAUGGCAGAGCUUUGGGAGCGUACCUGUCUGGUUAGUGCUCAGGCAGGGUGCAGGAGGCCCUUGAGGGGAUAGGGCCUGUCAUCUGGAAUACCCUUGGGGUUGCGGUACUGACAGAGAAUUAGAGAGGUGUGAGAGAGAAGGCCCCAGCACCGAUGAGCUGCCUGAGGAGCAGGGCAAAGGUGAAGUGGAAGAAAGGUUGUGGAAGCCAUCCUGUUUCUGAGUCAGAAGAUAGUAAGAAUAUUUCAGUUGCUUAGGUGGAUGAAAUCACAAGUAACACAGAUGUUCUUAAGUAUUGUGUGGCUGCAUCCCAGGGCCUCUCAAUCCAUCUUCAUUACGUGAUUCCGUCUCCACUAAACCUGGUUAGUAAGUGUAAAUAUCUAUUUCUGCCAAAUGAGGAAGAAGGAUUUGAAAGGUUGUUAUUUUUUAAUAGGCUUGGCAGGUUUGCUUAGGGCUAGUCUGGUUUAUCAAUAACUCCACAUAGGAAGUAGAAGUUGUAUUUUUUUCCCUCUGUUUAACAAAAUUGUACUCAUGGUUUUC